ACACUGGCCACUAGGUGUCAAUAAUGUUACUGUUAUGCUUAGUGAGACAAACUGCGACCAGACUUGAUCGCUGGCACAACAGGCUUUUAUGGCGGUUUGGAAUGAUCUCACAACAGGCACAAUGAUCCCUCAUCAAAACAUGGGCUACAGUUGCAACUGUGACCCACGGAAAGCAAAAACUCAACUGUGAACCAUUGACGUCACUUCCUGUCUGCCCUCCACUCACCUCCUCUAGCACGAGAACACAUUUACAACAACACACACAAGUAGCUAUGUCUUGAAUUACUUAUUUACUCCUAUCAUGUCUACUAUAUUGGGUAAUACAAGUGUAGAGGUGACAAUAGGUGUGUUAUUUCUUAUGUAGAUGGCUCAAAUGUUAAAAACCAUAUUAAAAAUCACAAGCCGUCAUAAACAGGUUUUCUAUGCUCAACCACAAAUAUAUUUUUUACUCAUCUCAUCCUGAAGGAGUGGAGGCGUGCUUCAGCCGGAAGGUACUUUUCACUGCUGUCCUUUCAUAGAGAAGAAAAGCCAGUGUUUUCUUUUUGACAGCAGCAGCACCAGCUGGAGAGCAGAAAGUCAAAUGCAUUUUUAUGCUCUGAAUGAAUUAGACUGCCAAGAUGGAGGAUUAUAUAUCCAAGCUCACCAGAUGAUGAUCAGACUCUUUUACCAAAGUAUAACAUAAAAACAAACUCCAAAGGAGUACUGACGUCAGUGCCUCAUCAGCCAUGCUGAUUGGUAUUGAUAACGGCUUGGUCUUGUCUUGCAUUGUAGGCCAAUAAGAAAAUGCACAAGAAAUAUUUUAUGUGACUGAAGCGGGCAUCUAGUUGCUUAUAAAUGUACUCCUCAAGUGAAUCACCAGCAGCAGGAGGCGGUGUUUCAUUCACAGCAGCACAAAUGGAACAAAGUAACUAACAUUUGUUCAUCAGCCCGUCAACACAAUACUUUGCAUCAAUGUUUUAAAGCUGCCUUAACAAAUUGUUGAAAUGGAGAUACUUUUCAAUGUAUAUAGUAUAAUUAUGAAUUAUUUAUGUAGAUGCAGUAAUACGUUUUACCAUCAUUUUGUUCCAACAUCAUUAAACAUCACAGAAGCUUCAUUAACUGUACUGACAAUGUUUGAAAUGACAUUUGAACACUUUAACUGUCAUACAAGUGUGACGAGACAAUAACCAUAGUCAAACCAAAUAAAACUAAACUUUGCACUGGAAUUUACAAUUAAUUGUAUUGAUCAUAUUUUACUAAGCAGCCAGAUGCUGUGGUUAUCAUUAGUUUUCCUCAUCAUAGGCAGUGGUGUCACAAAAAACCCAGCUGAAAGCCAAAGUAAAAGCAACACACUUGUGGAGUUAUUCCUUGAGAUUCUCUCUGAGCUCUCACAAAAGUCUCACAAAAUUUGCUGACAUUGCUCAUGAUGAUGGUUUGAACUCCAGGUUCUGAGUUUUGAAGUAAAUUUUCUCAAAAAAAUUGUACCACUUUUGAGACAUGAGACGCUGGCUCUAGAACCACUGAAUAGGCCUAAACUCAGUUGGACUAUGAUAUGCUCCAAUAUGGGGGCACAAUAUUAGAAAUAAGUACAAUUUAUCUUACAGUUAUUACCUUUCUUAAAUUGCAUCUAACUGUACUAAUGGAGUGUUUAUUUGUUUAAAAUGGAUCCCCAUUAGUUGAUACCACAGUAGCAACAAAUCUUCCUGGGGUCCAACACAAAGCAGCUCAUAUCACAGUCCGUUGUGAACAAAAAGUUUAAUACAAAAGUAGACCUCCACAGGAGUCCAAAUAACAAAAAUACUGGGCUCAACCACCAAAAAGGGAAACACAAAACAAUGCUAGAAAAAGUGAAAAACUACAAUAACGGUGAGAACAAAAAGCGCUGCUGAACACCAAGCAGGGACUAACACAAGGCACCCGGUAAGUGAUUGCCUGCAGGUGGGUACUGGAAGCUCCACCCAUGCUGGUUCAACGGUGUGCUGCAAAAGAUGGCAGACAGGUGGCAGCAGAGCAGCAACACAGCAUAUGACAAGUGGUCUGGUCGAGAUAAGACUAAUGAUUGGAGAACUUGUUUCACUUGUGUUGCAGAAUUGAUAACAGUGGAAAGUUCAAGGGUGUCAACAUUAUUCUCAGAAGAUCAUGAAGGAAACUUUGAGGCACAUCUGGGCCACUAUAGUGCAGAUCUAACAUUUUGUAAAGGUUUAUAUGAAUUUCAACAUGAGGAAAUUAGGAAUCGUCUCACUUGUCACAGCGCUGUUGUCUGUGCUGCUUGGAGAGAGGAUAGUCAACUUAAGGAAGAUGUCUCUUGCUUCUCGACAACUAGUCAACAAUCAUCUCCCCAACUGUAUUCCAUUGAAGAAUCUGAAUGAUGGCUCAGAGGAUAUAACUGUUUUUGGAGAUGGACUCGCCUUUAUUAGCACUGGUUUAAAAUACCCUGGAAUGCCUUCUUCAGAUGCUCCUGGAAAGAUCUUCCUCCUCAGUCUGAAGGACUCCCAGAUGGAACCGGUGGAGUUGCUCAUAUCAAAAAACUUUGACCUGGAGACGUUUAACCCUCAUGGCAUCAGUGUCUACACAGACACAACUGGUAGAACAGUAUACCUGUUUGUUGUGAACCAUCCUCAGCAGAAAAGCCAAGUAGAGUUGUUCAAAUUUGUUGAGGAAAAGCGCUCCCUGAUUCAUCUUAAGACCUUCAAGCACGAACUUCUUCAUAGUGUCAACGAUAUUGUGGCAUUGGGAGUGGAUCGUUUCUAUGCCACCAAUGAUCACUAUUUCUCACAUGAACUCCUUAAAACGAUAGUGGAGCCUCUCCUGGGUCAACCUUGGACUAAUGUUGUGUAUUACAGUCCGGAGACAAUCAAAGUGGUCUCUGAGGGAUAUUACUUUGCAAAUGGCAUCAAUGUCUCACCUGACAAAAGGCAUAUAUAUGUGGCAGAUAUAAUGGACCAUAAUGUACAUGUGUUGGAGAGGAAAGAAGACAAUGCAUUGGUUUCUGUGAAGUCCGUGACUGUGGGUUCACUCUGUGACAACAUCGAAGUUGACCCUAAAACCGGUGACCUGUGGUUAGGCUGUGACCCCAAUGGAUGGAAAAGUCUGCUGUUUGACCCCAAAGACCCACCUGGAUCAGAGGUCAUCCGCAUCCAGAACAUUCACUCAGAGGAACCUUUGGUGACGCAGGUGUAUGCUGAUGAUGGUCAUGUGAUCAUGGGUUCCUCUGUAGCUACGACCUAUGGAGGCAAACUGCUCAUUGGCUCAGUGUUUCAUAAGGCCUUAUGCUGUGAUUUGGAGAUGUAGGCA